CCAAACACUUAUAUAACUUGAGUUCUUAUCCUCUUAUAAAGAAAAAACAGAGCCCAAAAACAGAGAAAGCAGAGCAGAGGCGACUUGAUUAUAAAACAAAGCAGGCGCGACCUGAGUUUAAGAACACAUACUAGGCAAUGGCUAGAAGUUUGAACAAAAUUUUUGUUGUAGCAAUUGUUGCUAUAGCGGCUCUGCUUCAUAGCUCCAAGGCACAGACAACACAUAUAGUGGGUGAUGCCCUAGGCUGGAUUGUCCCUCCAAGUACUGAUACUUACACAACAUGGGCUGCAAAUCAGACCUUCAAAGUUGGUGACGUUCUAGUGUUCAAUUUCGCCGCUGGAAGACAUGACGUUGCUCAAGUCACAGAUGGUGCAUUUAAUGCAUGCAACACUAGUAGUCCCAUUUCGAGAGAAACAAAUAGUCCUGCAAACAUUACUCUGACUUCAUCAGGCGAGUAUUACUACAUUUGCACAGUUCCUGGCCACUGCAGUGGCGGCCAAAAGUUGAUGAUCAACGCUAGUGCUGCAGCUGCUUCUCCGGCUCCUCAACCCUCCACUGCUCCCUCUCCCGUUAACGCUCCAACACCAACACCCGUUACUGCACCACCACCACCACCAACACCAACACCAACAACUGCACCAACACCAUCUCCCACAAGAGCACCAGUGACUUACGUUGUUGGAGAUAAUAUGGGGUGGAUUAUUCCACCAAACACUUCCGCUGGUUACCAAAACUGGGUUCGUGGCAAGACCUUCGUGGUUGGAGAUAUUCUAGUUUUCAACUAUGCGAUGAAUGCUCACGAUGUGGCCGAGGUGUCAAAACAAGCAUACGGAUCAUGCGACAGUAACAACACCAUUUCUUUCAAUUCAAACCCACCUACAAGAAUUACUCUCACAACUCCUGGCGAACAUUUCUACAUCUGUACCUUCCCUAAUCACUGUUCAGCUGGCCAAGAGCUGGCCAUCAACGUCACCGGAACCGGCACUGCCGCGUCACCAUCGCCCAGUACUGCCACGCCACCAUCACCCGGUACUGCCACGCCACCAUCACCCAGUACUGCCACUCCUCCUUCUACAAACACUCCUUCAGCGCCAUCUCCAACAGGUGCGACCACCCCUUCUGAUCAAUCAGGAAACUCUGCUAAGUCUCUAAAUGCUGCCGGCUUAUCUAUCACUUUCUUAGCCAUUAUCGUUAUAGGUUUGUUGUAUUAGACGUGGUAUAGAGUUAGUCAUUUUCUUUGUAAGUUCAAUGUAUUAGCCAUUAUCAAUGUGAUUCAUUUUACCAGAAGUUGACAUGUUACAGAAAUUGAGAUUUUUGUAUUACAACAAUAAAGCAGAUUUUGACAUUUUGGCUUUGUGA